GCAACAUGCUACAUACUUACUUGGCUUGGCCAAUAAGCUUACCUGGAGCCAUUUAUACUGGCAGCUGCUUGAAUUACAUGUACAAAAACUCUCACGAAAUUACCGCGAGUGCUUUCCCAGACAAAGAAAUCGCUACCUCCAUCAAUAACCCUAAAAACCAUGUGAGCAUAGACAUAUAGGCUGGCUAUGCGCCGACCCAGGUUCUACACUGUCACAUGUACACACCUAAGCCGGAGGCGGUGGCGGCGGCGGAGGGACAUCGCUAGGCGGCGGAGGUGGAGGGGCCUCGCCUGGAGGGGGCGGUGGCGGCACGGAACCAGACGGUGGUGGUGGAGGUGGUGGCGGGCUGCCGGCAGAUCCGUACGUCUGGAAGAGAGGACCAAGGCCAGGAGGAGGACCAGCAGGAGGUGGGGGAGCACCGUAACCAGGAGCACCAUAGGCACCAGGAGCACCCAUACCAGCGUUCUGGUCGUAGCCAUAACCACCAUAUCCAUAGCCAGCUCCUGCUGCAGGAGCAGUGGGAGCAGCAGAAGCCCAGGGAGCCGCACCAUUACCAGCACCGUAGCCUUGAUCGUAGGAUUGACCACCACGGCCGCCGCCACCAGCCCAAGGCGGAGGAGCGGCCGAGCUACUGUCGCCUCGACCACGGUCGUCGCCGUCACGCGCCCAAGGUGCAGAGCCUCCAGUGGGACCACGCUCCCAUGGCUUGAGGGUGCGCUCGCCUCCACCGUAGUUGUCUCCGCCAGCAGCGCCGUUGCCGUUGUAUUCGAUCGCCGCGCGAGGCUGGCCACCAGCGCCUCCCAUCUCGGCCAUAAAUGCGUCGAGCUCGUUCUCUGGGGCACCGCCAAUACGAGCUGGCUGACCGCGGUCGCCGAAACGGUUGUCGUUGCGCCAGGGCUGACCGACUUUGCGGUCGGGACAAUCGCGAGCCAUGUGACCAGCUUGACCACAGACACGGCAGAUGAUGCUGGCCGUGAAGUUUUGCUUCUGUGGACAAUCGUACUUGCGAUGACCAAUCUCACCACAGUUCUGGCAGGCCUGGUUCUCGUCGUCACGAAGGGUACCGUUGAGGGCGGCAAGCUCACGAAGCUGGUUGCGCUUGAGUUCGUUCUGGCCUUCAGGGAUAGAAGCAGCCUGCAAGAUUAGCAUCCGCGCAUGGAAUAGUAUGGGAAGUGACUUACAGUCUCAAUGACGUUAUGGAUAAGCUUCUUGGCCUUGUUGACCUUCUCCUCGGUAUCGGCCAUGAUCAAGCAAUGAAGGUCUUCUUCCUGAUUGCUGGUAUGAGCUGCGUCAGAGCGUCCUUUACCCUCCUUGACAGAGCCUUUGCCACGAAUGGCAAUCUUUGCCUGGGAUUCCGUCUCCAUCUUCUUGAGGGUAUUUCCACGGGGGCCAAUAAGUAGACCAACUGUUAGUGCAAAGAGCUGUGGUUAGUGUAUGAUCAAAAAUAUUGGAGCAAAAGGGUUAGGGUUAGUGACAUAGCUGUACUACAGGUGCCACU